CGGGGAAAGGGGCUAGCGCUGCCUGCGCGCGCACAGUGGGCGGCCGCGCGCAGCACGCUCAGGGCCGUAUGGCGGCGGUGACGACUGGAAACGGGGCACCCCGAGAGGAGGAGGGGUCCGGUGGGGAGUCAGCGGCCCCGCAGCCCCAAGCUCCGCCGAAUGCGUCCGGGACUCGUCUCUCGAGGCUGCCUCUGGCGCGAGUGAAGGCCUUGGUGAAGGCGGACCCCGACGUGACGCUAGCGGGACAGGAAGCCAUCUUCAUUCUGGCUCGAGCUGCGGAACUGUUUGUGGAGACCAUUGCAAAAGAUGCUUACUGCUGUGCUCAACAAGGAAAGAGGAAAACCCUGCAGAGAAGAGAUCUGGAUAAUGCAAUAGAAGCUGUGGAUGAAUUCGCUUUUCUGGAAGGUACUUUGGAUUGAGUGCUGAGCUGGGCAGCUUUGUGAUUUUCAAUCUACGUCUUUCAAUUAGGCUUUGUCCUAAGGCCUCAUUUAUCAAGAGCAGUGUUGGAGCGUUGCACCUGUGUACUUUUCACCGAAGCCAGAUGAGCAGAGAUCUUACCUAUUAUCUGUUCUCUAAAAGGUCUUCCAGGACUUGUGUCUUCCACUUUAGAUGUGGAUGCAGCAGCUGCUGUGUGGGACAGGAAUAAAAUGUUUUGUAUAGGCUGUUUAAUAACUGAUGAGGACCCAAAUAAAGGUCUCUGAUCAACUUCAA